CAUCCAAAAUGUUGAUGUCUUUGUUCAGUCGAGAAGAAAUUAUGUUUUUUGAGGAAAACAUUCCAGGAUUUUUCUCAUUUUACUAGACUUUAAUGGACCCCAACACGUAACAGUUUUAAUGCAGUUUAAAAUUGCCGUUUCAAAGGACUCUAAACGAUCCCAAACGAGGCAUAAGGGUCUUAUCUAGCGAAACGAUUGUCAUUGUUGACAAGAAAAUUAAAAAACAUGCACUUUUAAACCACAACUUCUCGUCCAUCUCCGGUCAUGUGACACGCCAGCGCGACCUCACGCAAUACGUCAUCACGUCAAGAGGUCACGGAGGACCUACGCGAAACUACGCCCCAGUGUUUACAAGUGUGGAGAAAGAGGACCGUUCUGACGUUGUUGUAUGUGGAAUGAUACCAAUUAAUGUCUUUGUGUCAGUUUAUUGUUUAUAAUGGUCAGCAAAUGUGCAUUUCAUGUAACACGUGACCUUUCCACUGCAUUACGCAAUUACGUGAGGUCGCGCUGGCGCGUCAGAGGACCGGAGAUAGACGAGAAUGAGAAAAAUCCUGGAAUGUUUUCUUCAAAAAACAUAAUUUCUUCUUGACUGAACAAAGAAAGACAUCAACAUUUUGGAUGACGGUGAAAUUAUCUUUCCUCAAAGAAUCUUCAAAAGGACAAUUGCUGAGUUCGGUGGACCUUUGACCCAGCUUGCAGGAGUCAUGAAGCCCCGCAGACCUAGCUGUGGAGAUUCAGGGUCGGAGUCUGACUCCAGAGAACCUGAAAAGUUUGAGAACGCGGUGCGGCGAAGGAUGGCGGCCAAUGCUCGCGAGAGAAAGAGGAUGGAGGGCUUGAACACUGCAUUUGAUCGGCUCCGUAAAGUGGUUCCACAAUGGGGUCAGGACAAGAAACUCUCUAAAUAUGAAACUCUACAAAUGGCCCUGAGCUACAUUAUGGCCCUCGAUCGGAUCUUGACUGACGGCAGUAGACACGCUGCUCCUCCGAAAGAUUGGCUUAAUAUGCAGUUCAACAGCCUGCAGCCAGAGACCUAUUCUUGCUAUAUGCAAUAUAACUCUCCUACUGAAAAUGACUGCAUGCACACCACAUUCUCCUAUCACUACGAAACUCUCUAAGCUUCAUCUUAUUCAAUGGUGUGUUAACUUGUAUCAGUCUUUUCACAGAUACAACCGUUGGUAAAUACGUAUGUAUUAUUAUGUAAUAUAUUAUUUUGAUUGUUAAGAGUUUAAAGCGUUUAAUAGUCUACGCAUAAUACUUCUAGACAUAUUUGCUUUAAUUGUUGCUAAAAAGAUGUUUUUUUAAACAAUCUUCCAUUAUGCAGCUAUCAUUGAUGGCUUGAUGUGUUACUUUAUGUGUUUUAUGUUACUCUCUAGAUCAGAUUUUAUUUAUUUUUGUAUUAAGUCUUUGGAGAAAAAAGUGUUAUGUCAUCUUUGGCCAAAACGGCAUCCAAAAUAGCUGUUUUUGCCUAUAGUUUCUUAUGUGGAAUAAAAGCCAAAAUAAUAGUAAUUAAGUUUUAAUAAUAACAAACAUGAUCAAUAAUGUUUUGUAUUUUGUACACAAUGCUUUUAAU